AUGCAAAAGAACGAUAAUCCCGGGGCCAUGUUUGGUUCACCCUCCAGCUCCUACCUUGACUUGAAAUCCAGACCAAGCUCAAUCACUCAAGACAUGCUCAAGGUAGAGAUGACAAAGAAGAUUAUUUCCCCAUCGACUCUCGAGGUAAAGGAUUGGAACAUUAUCAUGAAGAACUGCAAUGUCAUGCAUGGCUGGUACACCGAUCCCCAGACUCACCAGAUCAAAAUGGCUCCAAAACCAGCUUUCAUUUUGAGAAAGGGGCUCAACAAUUACCAGACACCUGACGGCGGUGCCAUCCCGAACUAUUGCGUCAACGACGGCAGCAAAAUCGAUGUGAUUGACGUUGAAGAAGGUGUAAGAGAGUCCAUGGUGCAAAACAGCUUCGCCAAAUCGUCGGUUGAUGCGAAAUUGAACGGUGGCUAUUCCAAAGUGAGCAUUGGCAUGAGUGCAAACACUCUCUUGCAGAUGCAGAAAGGACAAGAGAAGGGGAAGACGAAGUCAAACAAGACGUUGGUUGGACAGUACAAGCUGCCACGAGCCACACUAUUCCUAACCCCUGACGACCUUGAGCCGACUCCUCAACUUAUGAAGGAGCUCAAAAAGGUCGAGAAAGACAACACCCUCGUGAAUAUCCGUAAAUUCCAGAUGACAUUUGGUGAAUUCUUCGCACAUGAGGUAACCAUCGGCGGAAUGUUGACUUCAACACAAACUCGAGAAGCCAGCGAGCAGACCUUGCAGGAAAAGUCGAAGCAAGAUUUCAAGCGAACGAUUGGCCUCGCAAUCUCUUCGGCAAAUGCCGGGGCCGGCUACACUCGUCAGGAAUCGCAGGAUACAGAUCAAAGCAACAGCUAUGGUAGCAGGAAUGAUAGUGAGCAGGUGGUAUUCGAAGCCAUCGGCGGCAACACCAUUCUAGCAUCCAGUCCUCAGCGCUGGUGUCAAUCGGUGACUAAUCACGAAAAUUGGAGGGUUAUCGAACGAGCCGACUUGAAAAGCAUCGUGGAGUCCAUGGCCGGAUGUGAAGUGUCAGAGCUGGGAGAUGUCGUUAAGCUCUUCUCCAGCGCCAAAUCGGUAGAGCACAUGUCUGAUCACAUUGACGUCACCUCGAGUGGUGAACUAUUUGCUCAACUGCGGUUGAGAACCAAAGCAGAUGACCAAGAUCAGUACCUCGUUCACGAUGAUUCGGUAGCAGUCCAACUUGACAGUGUUGGUGAACAGGCCAUUGUGCCCAAUAGAUUCUCGGGGCCUCAAGUGAUGUCUUACGAUCAUGCCCGUUGGGGAAAGAACCCGGACUUUGGAAUCUGGACUAUCAAGAAUCGUGACGCGGGUCAUCUGCGUGAUGGGUCUGCUGUUACCAUCCGUACUAGAAGAAACCGAUACCAACCUCAUUUUCAACCUCAUUUCCUCUCCGUUCUUCGCACUUCGGCUGGCUUCUUUACGCCGUGCAUAUCAACCUCAGGACACGAGCCAGUCUGGAGAAUUCGAAUUGCGCCAGGGACCAAGAAGACCCUGCCCCUACUUUCUGAGACCAAAGAUGAUUUGCUCAAGGACGGUAAACUGUUCUGCUUGACCUUCGAAUUCAAGGACAAUCCGCACGGCUACCGCGACUUUGUGCGCGAUGCUCGUGGCUUCAGGAACCCGGGUACUUCUGAAGCGUGGAAGAAGCGAUCAUGCUUGCUUCUGGAUGAUGAGGUGUUGUCUGAAGGGAAGAUUUCCCGCUCUUUGAAAGUGAACGGGUGUGAAUUCGGUGUUAGCAUUGCAUCGUUUUGGAUUGAUCAGCUUGCAUCGGAUGGUACCGAUGAGGAUGAUGACCGUUUGUUGGAACCAUUUCCCAAGGCGGACGAGCCUUGA